AUGGAUACACAUAACAGAGAUCCCACGCAUAGUGUCCACGAGCCUGAUUCUAGUGAAGAAGCAUCGGGAAUAGAGUCCACUGUCUUCCCACUGAUCAACCCGCACGAAGCAACCGAUUACGUACCCACGAAGCUAGGAGAGCAAAUUUGCCUUCAUCAGGACGACAAUGAUGACGAGCCAGCCGUCGCCAAGCCCUUUGCUCGCACUAGCAGUCCUGAGUCGGCACCUCACAUUCUUCAUGCCGACAAUAGAGUUCCUGAACGGCUAAUGUACAAGAUGCACAAGUUCAGCUUGUACGAAACUGCUAGUCGAUAUUAUAUCGUUGGGGCAGAUAUCACGGAGCGACGGUAUCGUAUCUUGAAGAUUGACAGGACAACCGAGGACUCAGAUCUUAGCAUCACGGACGACAAGAUUGUCUAUAGCCAGAGGGAGAUGAACCAGAUUUUGGAUACCAUAGAUGACGGGAACAAGGGUACGGGAGGAAUCAGACUGCGCUGCACGACAUGGGGACUGCUAGGGUUCAUCAAGUUUACCGGGCCAUACUACAUGCUCCUUAUCACGAAGAAGAGCACAGUUGCCAUGAUCGGGGGACAUUACGUUUAUCAAAUCGAUGGCACUGAACUUGUUCCGCUCACACCCGCACGCUUCAAACCCGAUGUUCGCAAUACAGAGGAGACGCGCUUCCUGGGUAUCCUCAAUAACUUGGACUUGACCCGUUCAUUCUACUACAGCUAUUCCUACGACAUGACGCGGACUUUGCAGCACAACAUCACCCGCGAACGAAAUGUGCUUGCCAACGGUCUGCCCUGCACCUCCGGCGACGACUUCAAUGCCAUGUUUGUGUGGAAUAACCAUCUUCUUCAGCCUGCCGUCAAGGCUCUGCGCGACCCGUUCGACUGGUGUCGGCCGAUAAUCCACGGAUACAUUGAUCAGGCAGCCCUCUCAAUAUACGGACGAACCGUAUACAUCACCAUCAUCGCCCGGCGGUCUCGGUUCUUUGCAGGCGCACGGUUUCUCAAGCGCGGCGCAAACGACCUUGGCUACGUGGCCAACGAUGUCGAGACAGAGCAGAUCGUAUCAGAUGCUCUGACGACGUCUUUCCACGCUCCUGGCCCUAAGCUCUUCUUAAGCCCUCAGUAUACAUCAUACGUCCAGCACAGGGGCAGUAUACCCCUCUAUUGGACACAGGACAACACAGGCGUCACUCCUAAGCCUCCCAUCGAGCUGAAUCUUGUGGACCCAUUUUACAGCGCUGCAGCACUCCAUUUCGAUAAUCUUUUCGAACGGUACGGAGCGCCCAUCUACGUGCUGAAUCUCGUAAAAGCACGAGAACGGACCCCACGCGAGUCCAAAUUACUCGUCGAGUACACGAAUGCCAUCCAUUACUUGAAUCAAUUUCUACCCCCUGGCCGGAAGAUCAUCUACAAGGCGUGGGAUAUGAGCUGGGCAGCAAAGAACCGUGACGAGGAUGUCAUCGGGACGCUGGAAGACAUCGCGGAGUCUGUUCUCACAACUACUGGAUUCUUCCAUAAUGGCGACGGAAAGAUCAAUCCGGCCAGGGUCCAGAACGGGGUUGCCCGGACAAACUGCAUAGACUGCCUAGACCGAACCAAUGCCGCCCAAUUUGUCAUUGGCAAAAGGGCACUCGGGCACCAAUUGCAUGCGCUUGGCAUUCUGGAGGGCACAGUUGUCGAGUAUGACACCGAUGCCGUCAACUUGUUCACUCACAUGUACCACGACCACGGUGACACGAUUGCGGUCCAGUACGGCGGCUCUCAGCUGGUUAACACGAUGGAGACAUACCGCAAAAUCAACCAGUGGACGAGUCAAUCCCGCGACAUGAUCGAGAGCUUUAAGAGGUACUAUAAUAACUCCUUUAUGGAUGGGCAACGCCAGGAGGCAUACAAUUUGUUCCUUGGGAAUUACAUUUUCUCCCAGGGACAGCCCAUGCUUUGGGAUCUUGCCACCGAUUAUUACCUGCACCAUGCCGACCCCCGGAUGUGGUCUGGGAAGUCCAAGGUAGACUAUAUCAACUGGUUUACACCGAGCAAUCUCCAGCAGACGCAACUACUUGCGUACGAUCCUCCGCCUGGCGACGUGGGUAAGAAGCCAGUUUCCUUCUUUGACGAUUACUGGCUGGAGUACUACCGGCCCUCGACCCUGUCAUCGUUUCUCAAGACGUUUCCGUAUAAAAUAAACUCUACCAUUAGGUACAUUCCCUUCAAGGCGACUCAGGACGGGCGAUAUGACCUCAGCCCCUUCAAAGUCCGCAGUGAAACGGACGUGGAUCCCCAGGAAAAGAAGAAACCAAAGGAGCCGGUUGUUAUCCCUUCCCAGGGGAACCCUUCGCGACCCGACGCAGACACUCCCUCCCUUCUCUGGGACCCGGCCAUGGCUGCUAAGGGCAUGGCUGCGAAAGGCAUUCCCAUCCCUCGGUGGUUGCAGCCCGUCCAGAACAGGCCCACUGAUCACGGAAGCAUCGUGCAACAGACAAUACCCGACGACCCCACAGAGUCCCCGAAGGCAAAGCAAACUCCUCAGGAGAAGUACAAAGCUGCCCAAUGGAGUUUCACCAGAGCCGUACAUCAGUCUCUCAAUCCAUCGGUGAGCGCACAAGAGGCGGCUGAUUAUGAGCGGUACAUCAACCACCCGCAGAACCUGCCGCUCGUUGUAUCUGCCCAAGAACGUGCGGACAAUGAUUCGGAGUACCGUGAUUAUAUAAAUGGUGCCUGGCAUUUGGAGACUCGUCUCCAGCCUGGACCAGAAGAUGACCCUGCGCUGUAUGCGGAGCUCCUGAAAGUUGGCGAGAAUCCCCUCACAGUCACAGACGAAGAUGCACAAAAGAAGCGGUACAAGGCGUAUAGAAAGUGGCUCCGCGGGAAGUCAUUUUUUAAACAGCAACCGGUUGAAUGA